CAUGAAUGUCACACUCACAUCUUAGAACAGCUGAAGAAACGUGUGUGCAGUAACCGGAGCGGCCCGUGGGGACCUCGCAGAACAUCUUAAUCAUUACAGGCCAAACAAACUAAGAUGGAGUCUGACAGUGAAGAGAAUCGCAGUGAAACAUGUGAUGUUCUGCCUGACUGCAUUGCUGAGGCGCCCAGCUUGCAUCUCGGAGCGGGUAAAAAGCGGCCGUCCGCAGAAGGGGCCCACGGGGCGCCAGUCAACAAGAGGAAAUCGCUCCUGAUGAAGCCCCGCCACUACAGUCCCAGUCCCUGCCCCAGCGAGGGGGACGGCGAGGAAGACCUGGCAAGUGCUCAGGACAAAGACGCACCCAGGAACACUGACACUCCAGCAGAUGAGGACUUCAAUGGUGGUGAUGUUCUAGAAGACACUAUCUAUCACAACACAAAGUCUCACCACUUGUUGUCAUGGUUAGAACAAACGAGUAAAGGUUCGCCAAACCUGGCGGCUCAGAUAUCUGAACACCAGAAUGAGCAAGAGGAGGAGGAACACAACCAGGACUUUGAAGACAAAAACCAGGAGGAGAUCAGAGCCUGUUAUCACCUGUCUCCAGACACAGAGGCAGAUGAAGAAGAAUGGAGCACUCCACCGUCCCUAACGAAGGUCAACGGGAUCCAUCACAGCCCCAGUCCACCUGCAGACGAUACUCUUAUGAAGAGACUCCGAAUUGGACAGCAGCUGCACGAAGAUGCCCUCUCUGCUUACAUGAACAGAAACAGUGCAGGGAUCUUGAUGGAGGAGUAUGGCUCUGCAAGAGAGUUCAGCGACAGUGAGGAGGAUCUCCAGACGCCCAGGAUGGAGGAGCGAGGAGGUGUUUGGGGCCCAGGUCUGGUGGCCAGACGUCUGGAGCUGGACAGGGCCCGACUAAACCUCAGUCUUCUAGAGCAGGCCAUGGUGCUGCAGUCUGAACAUAGACAGGUCCUCCACAGUGCCUACAAAGACAUGGACCGCUUCCUCCUGGAGCAGAUGAACCAUGAACGGAGGCAGCAGCGGAUGCUGGAGAUAGAUGCUCAGACCAUGUACCACAGCAGCAAAGAUUCCCCUCGGACAGAAAAGAAAGACAUCAAAUGUCCGACCCCGGGCUGUGAUGGGACGGGUCAUGUGACAGGCCUCUACCCUCAUCACCGGAGUCUAUCAGGAUGUCCCCACAAAGUCAGAGUGCCCCCAGAGAUCCUCGCCAUGCAUGAAAACGUCCUCAAGUGUCCGACACCUGGCUGUACAGGAAGAGGUCAUGUCAACAGUAACCGUAGCACGCAUAGAAGGUCAGAAAACAACUGGAUUAUACCAUUCCCCUGUUUUCUGGGUCCCGGAGGUCAUAUGAUCAUGGCCGGAGACAACAGCCCCAGUCGCCAUAAAGCCCAAAGCAACGCCCUCCAGUCCAACAUCGCAUCUGCAGCCAUCCUCAACCUCUCCACCCGUUGCCGAGACAACGGCGAGGCCCUGCCCCCCAGCCGGCCCCUGGCAUCAUCCACAAAGGAUUCACUGAUAGAGGUAGACGAGAAUGGAACGCUGGAUUUAAGUAUGAAGAAAAAGAGAGAAAAGGCGAGGGACUCUCCUGUGAUGCCGGCAUUAGGAGAUGCCCUUUUCACCCCACCUGAACCUUCUCUAGCCAAAGCAGCGGGUCUCCAGAUCUCCCCGGCAAUCUACCGCGUCCUCUACGAACAGGACGCCUGGGACACGCCGCUGAACUACAGCAAAACACCUGUGCAACAAGACAAAGAGAUGGAUCAGUUGGAUAAGGCGUCCCUCGAGGAUAAAGCAUACAACGGUGAUGCAAACAUGGCAAGUGCAAAAAACAAGAUGUUCAUAAGAGACAACAAGAAAGAGCUGAUGAGUUGUCCAACGCCAGGUUGUGAUGGUAGUGGUCAUGUGACAGGAAAUUAUGCGUCACAUAGAAGUGUAUCCGGUUGCCCAUUGGCCGAUAAGACCCUGAAAUCACUAAUGGCUGCUAGUUCUCAAGAGCUCAAGUGCCCAACUCCUGGCUGUGACGGCUCAGGUCAUGUGACAGGAAACUAUGCAUCUCAUAGGAGUCUGUCAGGGUGCCCUCGUGCCAGGAAAGGAAGCUUGAAGCUCACGCCAAGCAAAGAGGACAAAGAAGAGCCAGAGAUGAAGUGCCCAGUGGCAGGUUGUGACAGUCAGGGCCACGUGUCAGGUAAAUACACAUCUCAUCGCAGCGCAGGAAGUUGCCCCAUCGCCACCAAACGGCAGAAGGAGAGCUCGGUGAACGGAUCGGCCUUCUCCUGGAAGCUCUGUAAACAGGAGCUUCCACACUGCCCUCUGCCCGGCUGCAACGGCUUGGGUCACGCCAACAACGUCUUUAUCACACACAGGAGUUUGUCAGGAUGUCCACUAAACGCCCAGAGUAUCAAGAAGAAACUCUCCGAUGAGGAGAUGAUGACCAUCAAACUCAAAACCAGCAGCGGUAUUGAAAACAAUGAAGACAUGCAGCACUUGGAUCACGAAAUAAAGGAGCUAAAUGAAUCCAAUCUGAAGAUAGAAGCAGACAUGAUGCAGCUCCAGACUCAGAUUUCAUCCAUGGAGUGCAACCUGAAGACUAUUGAGGAGGAGAAUAAAAUAAUCGAGCAGCACAACGACAGUCUGUUGAAGGAGUUAGCGCGUCUCAGUCAAGCACUUAUCAGCAGUCUCACAGAUAUCCAGCUGCCGCAAAUGGGUCCGAUAAAUGAACAGAACUUCGAAGCAUAUGUGAACACGUUGACGGAUAUGUACAACAAUUCAGAGCAGGAGUAUUCACCUGAAUGCAAAGCCUUACUGGACAGCAUCAGACAGGCCAUCAAGGGCAUUCACGUAUAAAGCCAAACUCUCGUUCACAACCGUUUGAUUGUCCGCAGAGGGCUGGCUUUGUCAUCUGUGCGAGAUACGUCUCGAUUAAUAAAAAAUAAAAUAAAAAAAGUAACUCCAUUCCAUGAUAAAUGCAUUGCACUGAAAAAUACCAGCCACAUUUUUACAGCUCAAUGUUCCUUUAAGUGAGAUUUUACCUCCUUUUGCACUUAUUUAUUUCCUAUGGUUUGCUUGAAUUUAUUCCGUAUUGUUCUUUCGUGUGUUAUUAUAUUAUUGCUACAUAUUAUCUUUAUUCAUCGGUACUAUUUAUCUCACAGUAAUCUUAUUUAUUGAUUUAUUUAUUUAUUGCUAUCAUUUUUUGCUGCAACUCCAAAAUGCAAGGCCAGUCUUACAUAUUGUGAAUUUUAUGUUGCAUUUGUUGUACAAUAACUGGGCGUUUUAGUCGUUCAAAAUAUAUCACAGGCAUUUGUGAUGACUUUUUCUUCAUAACUGAUGUCAAAUGUAAGAAUAGUCCACUUGCGCUACCUGUUGGUGAGCAGCUGAACCGUACUGUAUGCAUCCCUGACUUAUUAUUUUUUUUAAAUGUAGUUAAUGUAUGUCACUGAAAUGAUAUCAUUUGCUUUCAUGCAUAAAUUCUAAUAAGUGAGCAAAAAGAAAAACAUUUUAUCCGAGUAACUGAGUAACGGCUGUACAGUGAGCAAAAAUCAAAUCAUCCACACACACACAAAAUGAUUUCCAUUUCUGUUCAUAUGAACUGCCUUUGGUGUGCACAUCCGUGUGUGCAUAUAUGUGCCUAAAUGUAAAUGAGUACAUGGAAUAUGAUCUGUUUUGUGGUAGAGCAGUAUUACGUGAAUGGUGAUUCAUUUUAUUCUGCAGUAUAUUUAUUUUCUGAAUGAAAAGCCUCUAAACUCUGUUUACCUACUGUUUAUACGGCAUUUUAAGUAUGUAACGAUAUUCUUGUAAAAAAAAAAUAUUCUUGUUUUAUGAUCAGGCACUAAGGUUUUCAUUCUUUUCUGUGAGACUGAACUCCUCAACCUUUGGCUUCUUUUGUGCGACAAACAACAGUGGGCUCUCAAAUAGCUUUUAUGGAUGAUAUUUUCUCAAAGCACUUCAUGUCUUCAAGCCACUAAAAUAUAAAAAUGGAUGAUUUACGGCAAUAGGGAGUAAUCUUUCCAUUAUGACUGGAUCUGUACCACUUGAUUUUGUGUUUAAAUGCACGGCCGAGGUCACCUCAGCAGAUCUGAGUGCUGUUAUUGCUGUGUUACGAUCACAAACGGCCUCGUCGCAGCACUUUUAAAGCUUUCUCUAUCACUAAACGUACCCUUUUGCACUUUUAUUCUGUUAUUUAGUGUUUAUUUAGAGCGGGUCACAUGCGUGAUCGGUGCAGGUUAAUUAGCACACUGAAGGAGUUUAACCUUAGAUUUACGUUGUCCAUUGAGGAUGUCAAAAAUAGUUUAGUUGCAGGUCAUUCA